CGCAUGGCGCUCGGGGGCUUCUGCAGCGCCGAUGGCUCCGACCCCUUCUGGGAGUGGAACGUCACAUGGAACACCAGCAAUCCCGACUUCACCAAGUGCUUUCAGAACACCGUCCUCGUGUGGGUGCCUUGUUUUUACCUCUGGGUCAGUUUCCCCUUCUACUUCCUCUAUCUCUCCCACCAUGAUCGGGGCUACAUUCAGAUGACACAUCUCAACAAAGCCAAAACUGCCUUGGGAUUUUUGCUGUGGAUUGUCUGCUGGGCAGACCUCUUCUACUCUUUCUGGGAAAGAAAUGGGGGCAAGUUCCCAGCCCCGGUGUUUCUGGUCAGCCCAACCCUCUUGGGCAUCACCAUGCUGCUUGCUACCUUUUUGAUUCAGCUCGAGAGAAGGAAGGGAGUCCAGUCCUCAGGGAUCAUGCUCACAUUCUGGCUCAUAGCCCUACUGUGUGCCCUUGUCAUCUUGCGAUCCAGAAUCAUGACUGCCUUAAAAGAGGACACCAAAGUCGACGUGUUUCGUGAUGUCACUUUCUACAUGUACUUCUCCCUCGUGCUGAUUCAGCUCAUACUGUCCUGUUUCUCAGACCGCUCGCCCCUGUUCUCUGAAACCGUCAACGACCCCAACCCUUGUCCGGAAUCUGGCGCAUCCUUCCUUUCCAGGAUCACCUUCUGGUGGAUCACGAGGUUGAUGGUCCGGGGCUACCGUCAGCCCCUGGAGAGCACUGACCUCUGGUCCCUGAAUAAGGAGGACACGUCAGAGCAAGUUGUGCCCGUUUUGGUAAAGAACUGGAAGAAGGAAUGUGCCAAAUCCAGAAGGCAGCCGGCGAAGGUCGUGUACUCCUCCAAGGAUCCCGCCAAGCCCAAGGGGAGCUCCAAGGUGGAUGUGAACGAGGAGGCCGAGGCUCUGAUUGUCAGGUCCCCCCAGAAGGAGCGGGAGCCGUCCCUGUUCAAGGUGCUCUACAAGACUUUUGGGCCCUACUUUCUCAUGAGCUUCCUAUUCAAGGCCCUGCACGACCUUAUGAUGUUUACCGGCCCGGAGAUCUUGAAAUUGCUCAUCAACUUCGUGAAUGACAAGAAGGCCCCGGACUGGCAGGGCUACUUCUACACCGCGCUCCUGUUCAUCAGCGCCUGCCUCCAGACCCUCGUGCUGCACCAGUACUUCCACAUCUGCUUCGUCAGCGGCAUGAGGAUCAAGACGGCCGUCAUUGGCGCCGUCUACCGGAAGGCCCUGGUGAUCACCAAUUCCGCGAGAAAAUCAUCCACGGUCGGGGAGAUCGUCAACCUCAUGUCUGUGGACGCCCAGAGGUUCAUGGACCUGACCACGUACAUUAACAUGAUCUGGUCAGCCCCUCUGCAAGUCAUCCUUGCGCUGUACCUUCUGUGGCUGAACCUGGGCCCCUCUGUCCUGGCUGGGGUGGCUGUGAUGAUCCUCAUGGUUCCCCUCAAUGCUGUGAUGGCCAUGAAGACCAAGACCUACCAGGUAGCCCACAUGAAGAGUAAAGACAGUCGGAUUAAACUGAUGAAUGAAAUUCUCAAUGGGAUCAAAGUGCUCAAGCUGUACGCCUGGGAGCUGGCCUUCAAAGACAAGGUGCUGGCCAUCAGGCAGGAGGAGCUGAAGGUGCUGAAAAAAUCUGCCUACCUGGCCGCCGUGGGAACUUUCACUUGGGUCUGCACCCCUUUCCUGGUGGCCCUGUGCACGUUUGCCGUCUACGUGACCAUCGAUGAAAACAAUAUCCUGGACGCCCAGAAAGCCUUUGUGUCCUUGGCCUUGUUCAACAUCCUCCGUUUCCCCCUGAAUAUUCUCCCGAUGGUCAUCAGCAGCAUCGUGCAGGCGAGUGUCUCCCUCAAACGCCUCAGGAUCUUUCUGUCCCACGAGGAGCUGGAACCUGACAGCAUCGAGCGACGGCCCAUCAAAGACGGUGGCAGCUCGAACAGCAUUACUGUGAAGAACGCCACCUUCACGUGGGCCAGGAGUGACCCUCCCACACUGAACGGCAUCACCUUCUCCAUUCCAGAAGGUUCCUUGGUGGCCGUGGUGGGCCAGGUGGGCUGUGGAAAGUCGUCUCUGCUCUCCGCGCUCUUGGCCGAGAUGGACAAGGUGGAGGGGCACGUGGCUAUCAAGGGCUCAGUGGCCUAUGUCCCCCAGCAGGCCUGGAUUCAGAAUGAUUCUCUCCGAGAAAACAUCCUGUUUGGACGCCAGCUCCAGGAACGGUAUUAUAAGACAGUGAUAGAAGCCUGUGCCCUCCUCCCAGAUCUGGAAAUCCUGCCCAGCGGAGACCGCACAGAGAUUGGUGAGAAGGGCGUGAACCUGUCUGGGGGCCAGAAGCAGCGUGUGAGCCUGGCCCGGGCCGUGUACUGUGACUCCGACAUCUACCUCUUCGACGACCCCCUGUCUGCGGUGGAUGCCCAUGUGGGAAAACACAUAUUUGAAAAUGUGGUUGGCCCCAAAGGGAUGCUGAAGAACAAGACUCGGCUCCUGGUCACGCAUGGCAUCAGCUACCUGCCGCAGGUGGAUGUCAUCAUCGUCAUGAGCGGUGGUAAGAUCUCAGAGAUGGGCUCCUACCAGGAGCUGCUGGCCCGGGAUGGAGCCUUCGCCGAGUUCCUGCGCACGUACUCCAGCGCCGAACAGGAGCAGACGGAGCAAGACGACGGAGUCGCAGGCAUGAGCGGUCCCGGGAAAGAGACGAAGCAGAUGGAGAAUGGCAUGGUGGUGACGGGAGCUGCGGGGAAGCAGCUGCAGAGACAGCUCAGCAGCUCCUCCUCCUACAGCGGGGAUGUCAGCCGGCACCACAACAGCUCUGCUGAGCUGCAGAAGGCCGGGGCCAAGGAGGAGGACACGUGGAAGAUGAUGGAAGCAGACAAGGCUCAAACAGGGCAGGUCAAGCUGUCCGUGUACUGGGACUACAUGAAGGCCAUUGGACUGUUCAUCUCCUUUCUGAGCAUCUUCCUGUUCUUAUGUAACCACGUUGCCGCCCUGGCCUCCAACUAUUGGCUCAGUCUCUGGACGGAUGACCCCAUCGUCAAUGGGACCCAGGAGCACACGAAAGUCCGGCUGAGCGUCUAUGGAGCCCUGGGCAUCUCACAAGGUAUUGCGGUGUUUGGCUAUUCCAUGGCGGUGUCCAUCGGGGGCAUCUUCGCCUCCCGCCGCCUGCACCUGGACCUGUUGCAUAACGUCCUGUGGUCACCCAUGAGCUUCUUCGAGCGGACGCCCAGUGGGAACCUGGUGAACCGCUUCUCCAAGGAGAUGGACACGGUGGACUCCAUGAUCCCGCAGGUCAUCAAGAUGUUCAUGGGCUCCCUGUUCAAUGUCAUCGGCGCCUGCAUCAUCAUCCUGCUGGCCACACCCAUCGCCGCUGUCAUCAUCCCUCCCCUGGGCCUCAUCUACUUCUUUGUCCAGAGGUUCUACGUGGCCUCCUCCCGGCAGCUGAAGCGCCUCGAAUCGGUCAGCCGCUCCCCGGUCUACUCCCACUUCAACGAGACCUUGCUGGGGGUCAGUGUCAUCCGGGCCUUUGCAGAACAGGAACGCUUCAUCCGCCAGAGCGACCUGAAGGUGGACGAGAACCAGAAGGCCUAUUACCCCAGCAUUGUGGCCAACAGGUGGCUGGCUGUGCGGCUGGAGUGUGUGGGCAACUGCAUUGUCCUGUUUGCAGCCCUGUUUGCAGUGAUCUCCCGGCACAGCCUCAGUGCUGGUUUGGUGGGCCUCUCAGUGUCUUACUCAUUGCAGGUCACCACCUACUUGAACUGGCUUGUUCGGAUGUCAUCAGAGAUGGAGACCAACAUUGUGGCAGUGGAGAGACUCAAGGAGUAUUCAGAAACUGAGAAGGAGGCUCCCUGGCGGAUCGAGGAGAUGGCUCCGCCCAGCAGCUGGCCCCAGGUGGGCCGAGUGGAAUUCCGGGACUACAGCCUGCGUUACCGAGAGGACCUGGACUUGGUGCUCAAGCACAUCAACAUCACCAUCGAUGGAGGAGAAAAGGUUGGCAUCGUGGGGCGGACGGGAGCCGGGAAGUCAUCCCUGACCUUGGGCUUGUUUCGGAUCAAGGAGUCUGCUGAGGGAGAGAUUAUCAUCGACAAUGUCAACAUCGCCAAGAUCGGCCUGCACGACCUGCGCUUCAAGAUCACCAUCAUCCCCCAGGACCCCAUUUUGUUUUCGGGUUCUCUCCGCAUGAACCUGGAUCCGUUCAGCCAGUACUCGGAUGAAGAGGUCUGGACGUCGCUGGAGCUGGCUCACCUGAAGAACUUCGUGUCGGCCCUUCCCGACAAGCUGAACCACGAGUGCGCGGAAGGCGGGGAGAACCUCAGUGUUGGGCAGCGCCAGCUGGUGUGCCUGGCUCGGGCCCUGCUGAGGAAGACAAAGAUCCUUGUGUUGGAUGAGGCCACUGCGGCCGUGGACCUGGAAACAGAUGACCUCAUUCAGUCCACCAUCCGGACACAGUUCGACACUUGUACUGUCCUCACCAUCGCUCACCGUCUCAACACCAUCAUGGACUACACAAGGGUGAUCGUCCUGGACAAAGGAGAGAUCCGGGAGUGCGGCGCCCCGUCUGACCUCCUGCAGCAGAGGGGCUUGUUUUACAGCAUGGCCAAAGAUGCGGGCUUGGUGUAAGCCCUGAGCGGGCGCGUCUGGUUGACCUGCGGGGCCCACAUGCCAGUAUCCCAGGAUGUCAGCCUCUUGGGUUUCUUAUAUACUGAAACCAAAAAAAAAGAAAAACCAAACCCACCAAAACAAAACACACAAAGCAGCCACUGCCUGGUCCACUGCUGGGAAUUGGCCGUGAAGAAACAGAUGCUGCCCACCAAAGACACGCACGCCCUUGCCUGUGGCCCCCACCGGCGCGCAGGCGUGCUCACCCGGGAGUGCGUGCGCGUGGUGCUCUGCUGGGAAGCUUGGCAGCCAGACUUCUGGAGAAAUGGUUGCGUAAAAUACACUAGUGACCAAACCCAGCCAACUGCCUCCAGUCUCUGGCCAAAGUCUGGAAUUUCACGUCUUCGGCCCCCAGCUGCUGUCCCGGCACCGCUAACAUCCUUGUCUGGCUCCACUCAGAAUGCUUGUUUUUGGGGGGCUGCAGUUUGGGCCUGGUGAAGGUCAUCCUCGCCCUCGGGCAGUGUCCUAAGGGCCGUAGGCACUCCUCUCGCCAACCAUCCAGUCUUCCCGGUGCUCAGGCACGGAACCAGCGCCCAGCAUGCCUGCACCAAGCCUCACUCAGGCCUGGGCAGUCUCGUCACCUGCGCACUUCUCAUCGACAGGACUUGGCUGGACUUAAGGCGACCUGGUCCCGGACCUUCAGGGCUGGGGGAUCCUCUCUCAAUGCCAACUUCCCAAAUUGGCUCACCUCCUUACCCACUCCGGUCUUGUCUUUGUUUUUCCUCUGCCUCUCUUUAGCCAUUGCUGGAGUGGAUUAGCUCUCGGUACCUGAACGAGGUCUGCUCGUGACGAUGAAGCCUUCAAAGCCAAGAGCACUGGGCACCUCUAAAUUUGACCAGUUGGUACUGAAAAGCGCUCUGUUGAGUCUUCUCGUUUUUAGACUUCGGUUUCUCCCUCUGGGCCUCUGGCCAGCUGUCAAGGCGGCAGUGUGGAGAACUUGACAUUGAGUUACCAAGUGUCUUCCAGGACAAGAAAAGAACCCGUUCACGAAUAUCAGUGAUUGCUUGUUCUUUUCUUUUCUCUUUUUUUUUUAAAGUACUGCUCCCAGGAGAAAAACCAUCUCGACUUGAAUUUCUUGGGAGGAAGUACCGGGCCGGGGAGCAGCACGCGCAGGGCAGGGCAGAGCCAGGGUGCCCGGCACCUGCUGUUCCUGGGAGAGAACAGCGGAGAGGGAACCGUCGGGGCCGGUCCUUGAGUCUCGCGAUCCGAGACCAAAGGGAGACCCAAAGAGCGGAGAGGGGGCCCUGCUGCCCCAAGAUUCAUAUUUGGAAAUAUAUUUAUUUUUUGUAAGUUAUACCAUUCUUUCACAUUAGAGAAACCAAUUUUUUCUUGGGGAUCAUUUUGUAAUGACUUACACUGGAA